CAGGAAAAUGAUCUCUGUAACUUUCAUUUUGAUUUGGAUUUGAUGUCUUGGGACUCGGAUCUUUGGAAUAUUACAGGUCAUGCUUAUACAGAUGCAAGCGUGAAGACAGAACCUUUAUCACCGGCUACUUCAAAUUGUUCAGUCCCUUCUCCAUCAUCUGUGGACUCUCCAGUGCAGAAUGUGCCUGAUGAUGUGGACUUCAGCUGUAGCUCCCAGAUGUCCCCCAUCUCUCUUUACAGCAAGAGUUGCAGAAGCCCUGCAUCCCCCGAAGGAGAUGGAGGGAAGAAGCCUACUGUCAGCAUCACUUCCCGGUCUGCAAAUAAUUCUGUGAGGAUCCUGAAGAGGUGUGGUCAGAUAGCGUCCAGGCCUUCGAUACAACCCAAACCCCUUUUGCCUGCUGUACCUGAGGCUCAGGCUAACAUUGGCAUUCCAGCUAAAACCAUCAUUAUUCAGACUGUUCCCACGCUUGUGCCACUGCCAAAGCAUCAGCCAGUUGUUAACAUCCAGCCAGCACCCCCUAAAGGUCAAUCGGUGGUGCUCCCCCAGCCCGCUGUGGUACAGCUCCAGGCUUCUGGGGUGCUUCCUGCCUCCCAGCCAGUCAUUGCUGUCACUGGAGGGACCACGCAGCUUCACAACCAUACAGUGAAUGCCUUGCCUCCGGCUGCUGGAAACGGCUCAACAAGCGGCAAAAUACCAGUGACUAAGCCCUUGCUGCAAAGCAGCACAACGGCAAUGGGACUGGAUGUCAAUGUCUUGAGAAGACAGCAGCGCAUGAUCAAAAACCGGGAGUCAGCCUUUCAAUCACGGAAGAAAAAGAAAGAAUACAUGUUGGGACUGGAGGCGAGGCUGGAGGCAGCCUUAUUGGAGAAUGAGAAACUCAAGAAAGAAAACAGCACGCUGAAGAGGCAGCUGGAUGAAGUAGUAUUAGAGAACCAGAAGCUCAAAGUAUCAUCUCCAAAGAGAAGGACCCUGUGUGUGAUGGUGAUACUGGCUUUCAUAAUGUUGAAUUAUGGUCCCUUGAGUGUAUUUGAAAAGGAUCCCAAUGGAGUUGAUUCCACUGUGAGUUCCAGCCACCGGACCAGAAAUCUUCUGGAGUUCUCAGCUAGCCAGGAGUCUGGCACAGCUCGGAAAAUACCUGGCGACAUCAUUUCUGAGAAGAGUAAUAGGUAUGAUCGUUCUGUUUCUGAUAACAAAGCACUGAUGAUAGUCUCAGAAGAACCACUGUUAUAUAUUUCCCCACCCCCACCCCCCUGUCAGCCCCUGAUCAACCGGACAGAGUCACUGAGGCUGAAUCAUGAACUUCGAGGAUGGGUUCACAGACAUGAAGUGGAACGAACAAGAUCUAGAAGGCUAUCCAAUAACCAGCAGAAAGCACGGGUUGUGCAGAGCUCCCUCAGUGAGAAGGCAGAUUCCCAGCUAAUGGCCAUGCCUUACACAGACACCAGCCUCAGGAACGCAGGGAAUGAGCUGCAAGUGUAUUAUGCCUCUCCAAGGAGCUAUCAAGAUUUUUUUGAAGCUAUUCGUAGAAGGGAAGAUACAUUCUACGUGGUGUCAUUUCGCAGAGACCACCUGUUAUUGCCAGCCACCACACAUAACAAGACCAGAAGACCAAAGAUGUCUAUAGUGUUGCCAGCUGUAAACAUCAAUGAGAAUGUGAUCAAUGGGCAGGACUACGAGGUGAUGAUGCAAAUCGACUGUGAAGUGAUGGACACCAGGAUCCUCCACAUCAAAAGUUCAUCUGUCCCUCCGUACCUCCGAGAGCAACGCAGAAAUCACACCAACACCUUCUACAGCGCAUCUCCCUCCGUCCCAGAGACGCCCCAUGCCCUGAGGGCUAUUGUUAAAUCCCUGCAGUAG